UUUUUUUUUUCUUUUCCUCAGCUGGGUCUUCAUGAUAAUCGACGGGCAGAACUAUGCUUGCGAAGCAUGUGUCCGUGGCCACCGGGUCAGGACCUGCCAGCAUCACGAACGUCCUCUGAAACUUGUUAGCAAGAAAGGCCGGCCUGUCUCGCAAUGCCAACACUGCCGUACUUUGCGGAGGUCGCGCUCCGUUCACGUCAAGUGUAGCUGUGGAAAACAAGCAAAUAGUAACACACUACAAGGAAGUUUCACAGAAAAUAAAGCAGGCAAGUUUUCCCUAGGUACAGUAAUAUUAUUUGGCUUUUAACUCUUGGCUCUUUAACACAGGAAGCUGCUAUUGUAACUACGGCGGCCGCUGCACCUGCGCUUACAAGAAGGAACAACCACCACUAGAUAUAACACUACUUACGAAUUCUCAGCCCGAUUAUUCAACGGAGCUUAACUUGCCCAACAUGCAUGGAGUGGAAGUUCAAUCCAGCGGCUCCAGUCGCGAGCCACUUCAAGAGCAUCCCCACGUAACGUCGGAGAUCCCCAUAGCACUCUCGAACCACAACACGAUCCCCUUCGCAUUUCAACAUCUCGACACGCAGCUACCGCUUCCCGACAUGUCCUGCAACGUCGGCGAGUAUUCGGAAAAUGUCAAUUUCGGGCUGUUCGGCAGUCCACAUACG